CCCUGUCUCAAAAAGACCAAAAAAAAACCCAAAAAACAAACAAACAAAAAACACAAACGAACAAAAAAACCCCUCAAGACUGAAUCUCAUUCUGAAGCCAAGCUCCCCUGGGAUGGAGGACUAGGUUUGAGUUUGGAGAUGUGGAAGGAGCACAGCAGUCCAUGUCUCUCUCGAGACUCAGGGGCUCCUAUUUUUAUUUUCUCAGAUAAGUGUAAGUCGGUGGCUCCUGCUUUGGAAAGCGUGUACCAGCUGGAGCCCCUGACCGUGGAGGUCCAGAUCCAGCUACACCAGUACCGCACAACAGGGGAGGCCCUCCGCAGCUUGAUUGACUAGAGUCGGGGAGAGUAAAGCUGUUCUGCCAGAGCCAGGCGUUGGUGAUAGGGCUCUGGCAUCAGGAAACUCAAUACAGAGCCUGCCUGAGACCAAGCUAACUCCAGCUUUUGUGCAUUGGUUUUAGAUUUGAAGAACUCUGCAUGUCAGAUUUGAUGUUUAGAAUGAAUGUAGUACAAAGCCAGACUAAGUCUGGCCAAUUUCACUCCUUGAGACUGUUCAUUGUGUCUCAGCUUUAAGACAGUUACAACGAAGGAGUGGUGAGGGCUGGCAGGGCAGGUGUUCCUGUCUGUCCUCAGGGGAUGGGCUCUGGAAACUGCCAGAGGACACACAGAGAAGUAAAAAUAAGUCCCAACCAGCAUGGUAGCUUAUGCCUGUACAGCACUUGAAGACUGAGGCAGGAGACUUGCCACCAGUUCAAGGCCAGCCUGGGCUACAAAAUGAGACCAUCUUGAAAAACAAAUCCCCCCACCCCCACAGAAGUUCAAGAGGAUUUAGCUGAGGGGUUGCAGGUAAUUUGUGCUGCUCCUGAAAUAGAGACUGGGGUGAGCCUAGCUUAGGUGCUCUCUCCCCACAGGGCCUCAACCAUGUUGCACAGGCUGGGCUGGCUGCUGCUCAGUUGCCCGCUCUUUCUGAAGGAGCGUACACCAACAGAGAGCUCCAAGGCUCCCCAGCACUUCCCAGCUCUACCAAGGCCCCAGCACAGCCAGUGUUCACCCAACCACACAUUUGCUAAUACCUCCCUGUCCCUGCCCAGCUGUCAUCACCUCUUCUUAACCUAUCACCACUGCCAAAACUUCUCCACCUUGCAGCCUUCCUGGUGUGCCAAGGACACUUUCCUGCUCCUGGCCUUCAAGUUACAGCCUGGUCAUGUUGAGCAGUGUAUAGCCAUUUGCAGCAUUGUGGGGCCAGGCUGGGAGCCGAAACUGGUGUUCCUCCUUGGAGUAGCAGGACUUGUACCCCCAUCCCAGCUGCUGGCCUAUGAGAGUUGGCAGUUUGAUGACAUCCUACAGUGGGACUUGACUCUAAAGGUGCUGCACCUGCAGCGCUGGGUGGCAGCUGCCUGCACACAGGCCCACUUCAUACUAAAGGGAGGAGAUGAAGAUGUCUUUGUCCAUGUCCUCAACAUGCUGGAGUUCUUGGACAGCUGGAACUCAGCCCAGGACCUUUUAGGAGAUGUUAUCCACCAGGCCCUGCCCAACAGGAAUACCAAAGUCAAAUACUUCAUCCCAUUCUCUAUGUACAGGGCCUGCCACUAUCCACCUUAUGCUGGAGGUGGAGGCUAUGUUAUGUCCCAGGCCACAAUGAGGCAUCUUCACACCACCAUGGAGGAGACAGAACUCAUCCCCAUUGAUGUCUUUGUGGGAAUGUGCCUGAGGAAGCUGGGGGUGAGCCCCACUCACCAUGCUGGCUUCAAGACAUUUGGAAUCUAACAGCUCCUGAACCCUUGGGACCCUUGUCUGUACAGAGGGCUCCUGCUGGUGCACCACUUCAGCCCUCUGGAGAUGUGGACCAUGUGGGCACUGAUGACACAUGAUGGGCUCAAGUGUGAAGCUGCUCCCAAGCCCUAGUUCUGAGGGAUGGGUUGAGUAAUAGCCCUAAAGUGGAAUGAGUGUUGAUUUCCUGUUACCAGGAGAAACUGAGACCAUUGAAAAAUCCAUCCUUGCUGGUCUGCAGGAAAUGCUCUUUAUUUUUAUAAUAUCUUCCACUUUGUUCACUCUGAUUGAAAAUGCUGAAACCUGGCAAACUUGUCCAACAUGUGCUGAAUGGGAGCAUCUGCUGCCGGAAAUCUAUGGGGGAAACCACAGGGUCCCUUAUGGCUCUGACCACCUAGGCAGUGAAGGAAAGAUGCUACAUGAGAGCCUCAGAAUUUAA